GUGUAGGAUAACAAAGGGUUCCAAGUUUAAUUUUUAUUAAGUACGAUUAUAAAAUGCAUAUAUUUUGCUCCUUUUUUCAGUUUCAUAUCUCCAAGUACUGUCAGUCUCAUACAAGAUAAACUUCAGUGCAUUUCUUCAGUCCCCUUACCUUCGUUUAUUUUAGGUGUUUCUCUAGGUAGUCGCUCUUACGAAAAUAAGUAUGAACGUGUGAGAAUCAAAGACGAAACUAAAAAACGCAGAAAUAAAGUGUCAAAAAAAUGAAUUCAUACAGCAACAACAAAAACUACAUAAAACGUUCAGUUAAUAAGAAAGAAACAUCAAGGAAGUCACAGGGGCAGUUAUCGACAGAAUACUUGUUUGAUGAUAUUUCCAGUGAAAGUUCAAUUGGUGGAAGACGAUUUUUGAAAAAUCCACAGAUACAUAAUCGUGAAAGUGUUGUCCGAAACUUGUCUCCUGCUACAACUGAAGAUGAAAAUACCGAAGACCUGCUGACUCCAUUUAACGCAAGGAAAACUCCAAUUAGCUUGAGCCAACAUUCGACAGAAAAGACGAGUGGUAACAAGAGGUCGACAAGUUCAAAUGUUGCAAAGUCAAAGAUGUUUGAUAGAAACUUGGUGGAUGACAAUCUGUCGAGUGAAAUGUUAGUAAUACAAGAAAAUGGCGAAAAUGAUUUAAAUAGAAUUUCAGUUAUGACCUUCAAUGAUGAGGAUUCACUAGUUGAUUUGACAAAAGAUGUGCGAAAUGAAAGCAAAAUGAGUUUUCUUGACGAUCAGUUGAUAUUGUCAGUAGAUGAAUUAAUGAAUGAAAAUAGUACGGCCUGUGAAAGUUAUCGGUCUUCAGGCAGAAAUAAUAAAUCAUACAAUGAAAAAUCCCUAUCAGAAAUUGAGGAAGCUAUUGAUUAUGAAAAGUCCCAAAGCCAAUAUAAUACAACUAACACGUCUAUACAAAAAUCUACAAAAACACCAGAAGUAUCAAAUCAUAAAUCUCAAGUCAGAUCGAUCAGAGGAGAGUGUAUUUCAGAUGAAAGAUCUCAUCAUUUUGAAGAUAGUGAGGAUAAUGAUUCAACGGAAGACUAUUCUGAUGAUUUUGAGAACGAGCAAGAAACAGCCCAUUCAACUAAAGAAGACAAUAAAUAUGCCUUAUCACCACCUUUGUCAUUAGAAAAAAGAGAUGAAAAAACCUGUCCAGCUGAUCAGAAACUUCGUCACACAGUGUCAAAGGGUACAUGCAGUAAGGCAGGUGAAAUCAAGGUCUCUUUCAAACAAAAAUCAGAAAAUUCAAUCGAAUCUCCUUUAAAAACUGACGUCGAAGUUCAAACCCUGUGGUCAGGGGAUUUCCCACGAAUACACAGUGUACCACAGAUAUUGCCAAUAAAUAGAUAUGAAAAUAUUAUUCCCCCUCCUACGAAUAAUACAUUAAAAAUUCAAAGUAUAACAUCGUCAUUGAUAAAUUAUCAAAUAUUGGAAAAGAUGACAAACUAUAAUCCUUGCUUGACUGCAUUGGACAAUGUGUUGAAGCAGCAAAUAAAUCUCACCAGAGAAUUUAUAACAACUCAAAGAAAUCUCCACGACACAAUCAGUAAAGCGAUAAGUCAGUGUGUUACAAACGAUUAUGCUCAACAAGAUGGAACAAUACAAAUUAUGCUGAAAAAUUACACGAGAAAAUAACACUGAAGGAUUACAUGAUAUUAGAAUGUUAACUGUAUACUAACAGUUUGAAAAUGCAAUUCUUAUUUGACAAGAUAAUAAUAUCAAAAUUAUGAAAUCCUGAUGUUGAGAAAGUGAAGACUAAAAUUUUUGACUAUUUUCAUUGAAGAAAAGAUUUUCUUGACAUUUACAUUCUUUU